AUGCCUGAUCGACACAAACUCAAGCUCUUUUCGCACUUCAAGCCCGGCCAUUCGGCCACGAACUCGGCCUCCGACGAGCAGCAGCUCAACACCUCUGUGUCCAACCUGCUGUCGCACGGGCGGAAGUUCUUGGGCAUCCAUUUGGGGAAACACGACUCGCUGGAGUCUCUAGCUUCUCCCACACUCACCAACUCCUCCGAUAGGCGCGAGCACGCGGCCGGAGGUGCGAGCGGCGCCGUGCUGCUGCUGUCGCCGAAAGCGCACGCUCCGGUGGUGCCUGUGGGUGCAGCAUCCACGCCGCAUCUGCCGAUGAAUCCGGGCGCACAGGCGUUUGACGAUGCCCACGCCCCUGUAAACCGUACGCAUAGCAUGGCCGAACUCAAACGGCUCUUUAAACCGACCCGCAAGCUGUCCAAGCUGCAGAUCGUGUCUCCCACCGUAAACCACGUAGCAGUCUCUGCCCAGACCUCCCACACCAGCAGCAAGGACCCGGCACAGCUCUAUAGCAGGGAGCCGCUGUCGACGUCCUUGGCUGCGCUUAUCAACAACACAUCCACGCAGUUUCUCCACCAACAGCAGCUACAGCAGCAUUUGGCCAAGAAACUGAAGGACGGCGUGGUGCAGGAGCCAUUCACCCACGACGAGUCACCGCUCACGAAGAAGUACGGAAAAGUCGAAAAAGAAUUGGGGCUGGGCGCCGGCGGCUCGGUGCGGCUAAUCGUGAGACCGCUGGACGGGAAGACGUUUGCCGUGAAGGAAUUCCGCCCCCGUAGAAACACAGAGUCCUUCAAAGAUUACACGAAAAAGUGUACCGCAGAGUACUGUAUUGGCCUGACGCUCAAACACCCCAACAUCAUCAAGACCAUCGAUAUCAUCCACGAGAAUAAUCGGUACUACGAAAUCAUGGAGUAUGCGCCGAUCGAUUUCUUCGCAGUGGUCAUGAGUGGAGAGAUGUCGCGCCAAGAGAUCAACUGCUGCCUCAAACAGAUCUUGGAGGGCGUCAACUAUUUGCAUUCGCUUGGGUUCGCACAUAGAGACCUCAAGCUAGAUAACUGUGUGCUCACAAUCGACGGUAUCCUCAAAAUCAUCGAUUUCGGCAGCGCAGUCAUUUUCAAGUACCCUUACGACCAGUAUGGCUCCAAGCAGGACCUGAUCCACUAUUGUCAUGGUGUUGUUGGUUCCGAUCCAUACUUGGCUCCAGAAGUCUUGACGCAUCUGAACGCAUACAAUCCACAACCAGUUGACCUAUGGUCGAUCGCAAUAAUUUACUGCUGCAUGACUCUCAAGCGCUUUCCAUGGAAAAUCCCCCACCCUGACAAGGACAACAGUUUCAAGCUAUAUGCCAUGGAAGACGACAAUUGGCAUGACUACGACAUGUCGAAUGAGUGCCACAAGUUGCUUCUAAGACAGCGUUAUCUCAAGAACAUGCUUGCACGUCUGAACAAGAAAAAGAAGCUUCUCAAAGCACAGGCGGAGCAACAACAACAACUCGAGUUGGAGGGAAACACGAUUGAAUCUCCAGCGGAUGCCCCAGAAUCUGUAAUUCCUUCAAAUGAUGCAACGAGAGCCUCUCUGGCUGAAGUUGAGGAAAGACUCCAGUCUCUCUCCACCGUUGAAGUUCUAGACGAUGAACAAGCACAACAGCUCAAUGGCGAGUUGGAACAAAUAGACAAGCAAUUGGAUGAGUUCGAGGACAUCAAGAAUGAGAUGCGUGCCAAGUUCUUGGAACGGAAGCGCCGCAACGAUUCGUCCAUGGAGAGUGACCCUCAACAAGCUGGAGCCACCACUGCUACCGGCGCCGAAGAAGAUGAGCACGGAGGAGCCAGCGAUGCUGCAGGACGAGACGAAGCCUCGGUCAAGCGUAGUAAGACCCACAAACAGAUCCAUGGUCCGUACCGGUUGAUGAGACUCCUACCACAUGUGUCGCGCCCAAUCAUUCACAAGAUGCUCUUGGUGGACCCAACCCGGAGAGCCACCAUCGAAGAGAUCAUGGAGGACGAGUGGAUCAGCAGCAUCAAAUGUUGCACGUUGGUGCUGGCGAACGAGAGCGAAGUCGACACUGCCUUUGACGAGGAGGAGAUUGUGAAGUUGGUGAAGGGUCUGCCUCCACACGAGCACACCCUAGUGAUGGACGAGGAAGAGAAGUAG